AUGCACUCUGGUGAAAAACUAGGAGGCAAUCGACCACCUUCGCUUGCGUCUUGGGGUAACGACAAGAACGAUCACACUGAAAAUCCUUCUUGGGUCACAGAGACCGAGAAGAACACCGGUUGGGGCAAGAACAGUGACAGCGGGUGGCAAGAAAAGAACCUCAAGGAGAACGAUAAGAAGGGAUGGUACUCAACCGAUGAUGAUCAGGCCGGAGGCUGGAACGAGGCCGAUGACAACAAGAAGAUCCAGGCGGACAGUGACUGGAAUAGGAAAGACAACGGUUGGGGUAAUCCCCCAUCCUCACCAAAACAAGAGCGAGUGGACAAGAUGAACGACUGGGCCGGCCUCAAAUCCGCCUUGACAUCCGCUUUCGCCAACCCACCAGCACCAGCACCAGAAAACGCCUGGCCAACCCAAUCAUGGAGCUUUCCCGCCGACAACGCCAUACAGUCCGCUAUCCAACAGCCCGCUAUUACACCCUUUGCUUCCGCUCCAGCACCGCCAGCCCCGGCACCAGAGAAGGGCAGAUCACCUACCCAACGCAUGAGCAACAAAACCCUCUCUCGAUACCGUCCCAACUACAACUUCCCCUCCCGCAUCCAUCCCAAACCCACGCCAAACUUCACGGCUCAACCACACUGGCAGUUCCCUCCUCCUCCUUCUACUUCCACAACCAAGAAUCUCCUGCGUACCACCUCCUCAAACUCUACAUACAUCGCACCCGCAGAACCACGUCUUACCAUCAGCAAAUCCACAUCCAGUACAAAAGGUAUCGAACACGCAGUCCGCGCGGGCAAAGCAACGGAGUACGGUCAUGUUGUUGGACGACCGGAGUAUCUAGAUCGUUUGGAGAAGCCGUAUGCGGUGUUUCGGUUUAAGUAUCGGAGUGAGGGGGUGUUGAAGGGGUUGGGUGUACUUGGGGAGGGUGACAUGGACGUUGCUAGAGAUGGGGAGAAGGAGAAAGUGGAGAAGUUGAAGAGUGUGCCGCAGGAGGAGUUGAUUGCGAAGAUGUUGGCUUUGGAGAGGAGGUUGAAGGGUAAAGAUGAUGGGGAGGGUACUACUGUUGCUGAUGGUGGAAGUGGGAAGGAGAGGAAGCACAGUAAGAAGAGCAUUGAUAAGGAGAAACAGAAGCAGAAGCAGAGGAGGCACAGUGAGAAAACGGAGGCGCAUGGCGAUGGCCGGGUGAAGGACUUCACGGAGCAGUGGGUUGAGCGGCAUUCGAGAGAUCCGAGUGUCAUGGCGAAGAGUGCGGUUGUUAAGGAAGUAGGCUGGGAGGGGGAUGAUCAGAGGAAAGGGAAGGGAGCGGUGGGAACGUGGGGACAGGAUGUGAAUGAGGGAUGGGGAGGUGGAGAUGUGACAUGGUAG